AUGGAUGGCGCUCAACUGCUGGUCACCCAGGAUGAAACUGUUGAUAAUGUUGAUAAUGUUGAGCAGGUAGACGUUGAUCAUGAAAACGAAAUUAGUAGUCAUGAAAGAAAAAUGUUAGUACUACAGUUAUUGAUCUUGGGACUUUCUCUCCAAAACCUUGGUAAAAUUGAAGAAGCCGUGAAGAAUUACGAAAAAGCCGUUGAAAUUGCGGAUGAAGGAGUUCACAAUGAGAUCAAAGCAAAAGCUUAUCAACGUGUUGGAAAUUCAUAUACUGCGACCUCUAAGUACAAGAAAGCAAUUGAAUAUUAUCAAAAGGCGCGCGAAGUAUAUCCAGGCAUUGAAAGAGAUAAAUUAGAGGUAUUAUCAUAUCUGUGGUUAGGUGAAAACUGCCUGCAAGCUUCCCAGUACAAAGAGUCCAUCGAGUCUUACAAUGAAGUUGUAAAAUUUGCAUCACAGCUGGGAGACAUAAAGCGGGAAAUCAAUGCUUACCUUGGAUUAGGAAGUGCAUUUUGUUAUAAUGACGACUUAGAGUCCUCGCAAGAGUAUUUGUUAAAAGCUCUUACAGUAGCAAAACAGAUCAACGACAGAACUCUCGAAAAGAUGGCAUAUACGAACUUGGGAUAUUUAUACUAUAGGAAUAAUAAGUUUGAUGCAGCUGCCCAGUCAUAUCUCAAAGUUCAAGAUAUUUCCCAUGAAUUGGUCAGAAAAAAGAAGAAGCAAACGCAUGUCUCCUACUCGGUGACACAUUCAGUGAAGAAUGUGAUUACGAAUUGGCGAUUGAGUGGUACGAAAAGGCAUUGA